AUGCCAAUUCGCAGUCUCGAUCCCUUCAUCUCCGAAAGGCAGCUACUACAAGAGGCUCCAUUAGCACAGCUCAAAGGAUGUCGUCUCGGUAUUGAAGGAACUCAAUGGGUUAGGAAAAUCAUGAAGGGCGUUUCUCGUUCCAACGCGGUACCUUCCAUGAGUCCACUCGAUGGAUCCAUGAAUUCUGAAAUGACUGCUGGAGGUCGUGUAAUGGAUACCAUCCUUGGCACUGUAGUCGCUAUGGGAGGCACUCCACCAUUAUCUACUCUGGAAACUAUUAUAGAUCGUGAAUUGGCCGGGUUUAGACAAUACGAUAUUCAGCCCUUCUUUGUAUUUAACGGAAUGUCAAUUAACAAACGGGACAAACCAUUCACUGCUGAGGAUCUUCGUCCAGGAAAGCGUAACAAGGCCUGGGAGGACUAUAGUCGUGGACGAAGAGACCAAGCCAUCUCUGUAUUAGCCGCAUCCAAAACUCUGAACUAUCAGGACUAUCUAUAUUUAAUUAUGAGUAUAUUAGCUGAGAAGAAUGUUGAAUUCAUGCGAGCACCGUACUUUGCAUGGGCUCAACUGGCAUAUCUCCAGUCAGUAUCAUCCUCACCCGAUCGACCCUGGAUUAAUGCCAUCCACUCAACCACCGAAAUAUUAUUAUUCGACGUCGACUCAGUCAUUACUGCCCUAGACUUUGACCGUGGCGUUUUCACCUUUAUCAACAAGGGUGCAAUAUUGAACCACAUGCGGGUGAACCCUGAUCAAUUCCUCGAUAUAUGUCUAGUAGCAGGAUUCGAUUGGGUAUGGACUUUUCCAUUGUUGGAACCAGCCCCACCAGAGCUCUUCAACUUUGCCAACGCCGCCCACUUUGUCAUGAGUCGAGGCGAUGCUUUAUCUGCAAUGAAUCAAUAUCAUGAUCAUCCAACAGUGGCUAAAAGGAAUCAUAUCGAUGAAUUCUUGAGGGCUAGGAGUGCUGUAAAACAUCACUUGAUAUUGACUGAAAACGCAACCGUAGAACCAUUAAACAAAGCUACCGCACCAUUAGAUAUCCAUGAAUUCAUAGGUCCACGUCUGCCGGAUGAAAUCUACUUUUAUUUGUCACAGGGAAUGAUAUCUCCUACUAUAUUGAACGGCCUAGCAUCUGGUUAUUACCUAGAAAAUCAUCCACUCGACAAUGGAGAAACCGUUGAAUAUCGUAACUUUUUAGAGUCUGCAGAAAUCGCUGAACUACGAGCACAAGCAUUUGGUCUCCUGACCUGGGGCCUGCACCGCUCAUACCAAGUAAAAAAGAUUGUCACACUCCACUGGUAUAAUCCCAACGCAGAAUAUCCCGUACUCCAUAAUUAUGAACCACCACUUCCAGCACGAUGGAUUAACGAUGUUGAUAAAAUCAGUGGUCAGAAACGAGCCACUGUAGUACAGGUAUUGCCCCUCACCUUCUCUCGAACCACAGCAUGGGUCCAUGCUGAACUAAACCGUCAACAAGCCAAAGAAGCUGAUACCCGUUUCUUGGUGACCAGUAUAGCAGCAUUAGAAAAAGGAACUAUAAAGCAAGUGACUGAAAAAAAGAUACCGACUACCGCCGCGGAAUUCCAAGCUCUAGUAUCAGCACGAACAAUCGAAUUACGUGGGCUUACAGAUGAUUCUUCCUCGUUGACUCCUCUAGGAAAGGCAUAUAAACGUGGUUUGGAUGCCGGUAAAGCGCGCCCAGCUUCCUUGCAUGAAGAACUACUAGUAUGUCUAGAGUUGAUUCGAGCUGGCCGCCUCAACUCUGCCAAUUACAACCCAACGUAUCAACCACGUCCCGAUAUUGAAGGAUUCUCACCCGUAGUAGCUAGUCAUAUCCAGUUAGCAUCACGAGUCAUGUCUUUAAUCACUGUAUCACUCGAUCCACUAAAAUAUUGGACUGGUCCUCUUGAUCGUGACUUGCUAGUCUUCCAAGGAUUUGCCAAACUCGUAUCUCGUGAUCUCCGAUGUAUUGCUGAAAUGAUUUUAAUGUGUGUUGUCAUGCACGAGUUGGGUCCACGACGUGAAGGGCCUGUCUUGGAUGAAGCCUUCAAAUGUGGAUUGCACAAGCUACCAUAUUCCAUUGAACCCUCAACCGCAUUAGGUAUAAUAGGACGAGCAUAUCUAGAGGGUGUAGCUAGGGCCGAAGUAGUAGAACACAAGUCUUUGGAUGUAGCCAAGCAAUUGGCUAAGAAGUCUGUCGAGACCACCUUCUCGUAUUGUAAAGAUGUCGAAGGAGAUUUGAAGAAGGGAUUCUACUUGUGGACUCAGGUGGCUGAAAUGACUCGAGUCUUGGCAUCUGAAAAGCAAAUUGCACCGGAAAUUGCUCGUGAAAUCGCUGAUGCAGAUGCUUGGUUGAGCAAGAGAUAUCUAUAUUAA